AGAGAGAGAGUAAAGAUAAGAUCAGAGAGAGUAAAAGUGAUGUGAGGAUGUGUCACACCCACUAGUACACACAGGCAGAAUGAAAGCCAACUAAACUGAGCUGGUCUUGAACUCCUUAUUACUCUCUACAUUACGAUACAUACAGCAAGAUUUUCAGAAGAUGAAUCUGUUUUAACAGAGAAAGAAGAUGAGUUUUGUUUUUUGCUUUCUCGCAUUCGUCUGUUUUUCACACGUCUGUGGAAAUCUGAUGUCUCUAGGAGGAAACUACAGUCUGCAGUGUUUAAAUGAUUAUCUCUUCACUAUCUCCUGUGAGCUGAAUGUGUCCUCUGAUCUGUUGGAGCACGGCGCCACCUCCUGGCUGGAGUUCUACGACCUCAGGGACCCGUUCAGGUGUAUGUUAAGGGCGCGCGCGCGCUCGCAGGUGUGUGAGCUGGACCUGUCCGUGCUGAUGAUCGAGGACACCUUCACCGAUACUGACUUCUUCCAGAUCUCCCUCAACUCCAGUUACCAUGGCAACAGCAGCUCGGCAGUGCUGGACACGGACUAUAGACCCUUUAAACACAUUCGUCCUGUUACUCCCUCAAAUCUGACAUUGCUGUGGAAAGAAGAUGGGGCUGUUUUUCAUUGGCUCAGUGGAUACGAGAAAAACACCUCAUUUGUACAAAGCCUCCAGUACCAGUUCAACAUACAAAAUAACAACCGGGUCCACAAUGUCCAUCCAGUCCAAACACGAGUGGUUGUGGCAGUGUCGGAAUUUCUGCCUCACACAGAGUACAUGGCCCGUGUGCGCUCACAGCCAAAACAGCCUCAUUACGAAGGUGUUUGGAGCCACUGGGGGCCUGCCAUUCAUUGGACCACUGGGGCCAUACACAAAGGAGACACACAGGACACAACUUUCCCUGGUAUUUGGUUUGCUCUGUUCUGUCUGCUGCCAUUACUAGUCCUUCUGUUAUCGUACCUCCCAUACUCCAGGUGGAAGAAGCGUUUAUUGAUCCCAAGUCCAGCUCCAUAUAUCAGAGAUUUGAAAAGCUGUGCAGUGCUGCCAGGGAUUGUGGCUGAGCUGCUACAGAGGGAGGAGUCUCUAAAGAUUGAGAGUAUGAUUGAAUAUUCAGACCACGCCUCUCCAUGCAGCCCUGCUGGCUACGAGAAGAUGAAAAGUGUUGGUGAUUGCUCUGAGCCCACCUUCAUCACACCUUCAGGACCACCUGCAUCUCACAUCAUGCUCUACUCACCUGCAGGGGCGGAGCUCGGCUCCGGCAGCUGGCUGAAGGAUUUCACCACAGUGGAGAGGGGGAGUGUAACAUGCAGCGAGGAUUACUGCACUCUCUCUCCCACAGACACAGAGAAUUCCACAUAGGGGUGGGUGUUAUAAUUAAAAAUAAUUUUGAAGCUGAUGAUGUUAAAGUAAUGAUAAUUGAUUUAUUCUUAAUCUGGCAGAUAACUGUUGCUUUAGUAGCUUUCGGAGUACAGUACCAGUCAAAAAUUUGGACACAUCUUCAAUCUUCAAUCAUCUUUUUUCAUUAUUAUUUGUUUAUUAAAUUAAUUUUCUAUGUAAUAAAUUAAUAUUAAAGACAUAAAAACAAUUAAGGGACACAUAUGGAAUUACAUAGUAAACAAAAAAGUCCCCUGAUCUAAACCUGAUGAACUGAGAUGGUGAUUUGAGGUGAUUUGGGAUGAGCUGGAGCUUUAUAGCGUGAAGGAAAUGCAGCAUCUGUUGUUCAGAACCUCCAGAAACUCCUUUAAAGAUGCUGAGAAAACUAUUCCAGGUGACUCUUUAUCAAUAAGGACACUGAUAUUAAAAUACCAAGAGUGUGCAGAUCUGUCCUCAAAGCUUAAUGUGUUACUUAGAAGUCUCUCAAGUUUUAAACAUAUUUUUGGUUUGGUUAACACUUUUUUCUGUUUACAAAAUAAUUCCACAUGCCCAUGUAUAGCUUUAUUUCUUCAAUAUUAUAUUUGGAAAAAAUCAGUUUUUUGACAAAACUUUUGACUGGUACUGUAUGUUUAACAAUGUUUAACAGUCACACAUGACUGGUGUUUAAAUUAUAUUCCCUUCUAGAGCUCCACUAUGCACUUUAACAUGUUAAACACAGUUAUUCAUAUACAGUAAGGAAAAUAAGUAUCUGAACACCCUGCGACUUUGCAAGUUCUCCCACUUAAAAAUCAUGGAGGAUUCUGAAAUUUUCAACUUAGGUGCAUGUUCACUGUGAGACAUAGUCUAAAAAAAUCUGAAAAUCACAAUAAUGUAUUUGUGUUUUACUGCUGCAAAUAAGUAUUUGAACACCUGUGAAAAUCAAUGUUAAUAUAUGCUACAUUAACUUUUGUUUGCAAUUACAGAGGUCAAACGUUUCCUGUAGUUUUUCUCCAGGUUUGCACUAAACACUGCAGCAGGGAUUUUGGCUCAUUCCUCCACACAGAUCUUCUCCAGAUCUGCCAAGUUUCUGGGCUGCCGCUGAGUUUGAGCUCCCUUCAAAGUUUUUCUAUAGUAUUUAGAUCUGGAGAUUGGCUAGGCCUCUCCAGAACCCUGAUAUGCCUCUGACGGAGCCACUCCUUGGUUAUGUGCUUUGGCUGUGUGCUUUGGGUCAUUGUCAUGUUGGACGACCCAGCUAUGACCAAUCUUCAAAGCUCUCUGAGAGAAGGAGGUUGUUCCCCAAAAUCUCGUAAUACAUUAACCCUGUCAUCCUCUCCUUAAUACAGUGCAGUCAUCCUGUCCCAUGUGCAGAAAAACACAAACAAAAAGGAGCUCCUCCUGUUUAGUUCUGGGCUGAUUCCUCACCUUUCUUAGGAUCACUGAUUCACCCCAAGGUGAGAUCUUGCAUGGAGCCCCAGUUCGAGGGAGAUUGACAGUCAUGUUAAACCUCUUGCAUUUUCUAAUAAUUGCUCCAACAGUUGAUCUUUUUUAACCAAGCUGCUUGGCAAUUGCCCCGUAGCUCUUUUUUCCAGCCUUGUGGAGGUCUACAAUUUUGUCUCUGGUGUCUUUAGACAGCUCUUUGGUCUUAUCCAUGUUAGUAAUUGGAGUCUUACUGAUUGUGUGGGGGACAGGUGUCUUUAUGCAGCUAACGACCUCAAACAGGUGCUUCUAAUUUAGAAUAAUAAGUGGAGAGGAGGUGGACUUUUCAGAGGCGGACUAACAGGUCUUUGAGGGCCAGAAUCUUUGCUGAUUGGCAGGUGUGAAAAUACUUAUUUGCAGCAGUAACACGCUUAAAUUAUUAAAAAAUCAUACACCGUUAUUUUCAGUUGUUGUUUUUUUUAAAGAUUGUCUCUCACAGUGGAUAUGCACCUAAGAUGCACUUUGGUCACUUGGCAGUUAAUUGCUUAGGUCUCAUGCUGUGUUUCAUACACCAGUUGGGUGUCAGAGCAGGAAAUGUCACACGCAAGAUGAUUGCUGUCCCUGUUAAUCCCUACAAGCGCAUACAAACACUAUCAAAUUAUCCUCCAUACAUAAAGCUGCAGUAAAUGUGCCCGUGUGGCUAAUUUCACUUGUUAAGAUAACCAUAUCGUGCACCCUGCCUCACUAUAAAUUUAACAUCACCUACACCAUUGGGUAACACUUAAAUGGGCAGUUUCUCAGACAGUCUAGUCUUGGACUGCACCAGAUUUUAAUUUAAGGUUUGCCAUUGGUAGAAAAAUAUAGUUUACAACUAGGCUUCAUCCCUGCCAGUAAUACUGCCCCAAAAUCAUAUGAAGUGAAGUUUCUUGACACUUUAUAUAGCUUUAACACAACUCUUUAAAAAAAGGAUUCAAAGUGCACAGAUCAGUUACUCUGGACUAUUACUAUUAACCAGUUCUAUCAGGUCAUUACAUUAUUUUUUGCCUUUUUGCAAAUGUUUGUGUACCUUUCUGGUCUUUAUGUAUUUAAUGCCUUAUGAUAUAUGCAAGUUGCCUUUAUUUUUUACUUUAGAACUUGCCCUGGGUGGUUUAAGGCUAUGUAAAUAAGUUUUGCUGUUGCAAAAGAUGUAUAAUACAUUCAUUAAAUAUCACAAGUAAGAUCUUUAAAGUCAUACAUUAUUAUGCUUAUAUAUUUUAUUUUGUUAAUGUAAAUUAUAUGCAAUACAGUUGAUUAAA